AUGGCGAAAAACUAUAGUAUGAUAGCACGCUUUGGAACUUCUGCAAUUUGGAGAUCAAUUCCAGCGUCAUUUCCUUCUCCAGAACAGCGAUGGUUUCAUUUGUAUAUUGGAAAAAAACCCGUAAUGUUUCCAAAAUCAAAAGAUGGUACGCCAAUGGGUCCAUUAACUCAAAUUUCUUCAGCGGUUUCCUAUAGUAUGGUACUGAAAACUCUCAUGUCUACUUUCAAUACUGUACCAUUAGACUUGGUUGAAAGAAUAGCAGACUCUACAACAAGUAUCUUCGUUCAACUCGUCUUUGUUUUAGCAGUUCCAAAUAUAUUCUCCUAUUCGAUUAUCUUUGCUCCAGCAUUCAUUCACACGAUCAAGAUUAUCGAAGAAUACUUUGAAGAAAUGAGUCUGUGUAUUUCCUCAACCAAUUUCGAUCAUAGUUUAUUUGUUCGAGACAAUAUUUGUGAUCUGAAAUUCAAAGCAGAGUUAAAUCGUGCAUUGAAUGAAGUGACUAUAGAGUAUGGAGGGUUAAAAUACCGACAAGAACGUGCUGAACUUAUUCGAAAAGAAUGUCUUAGAAAAAAUGAACCGGGUAUUCUACAUCGUCUUUGGCCAACUUUAGCUUUUGCAUCUACUACUAUAGGCGCUUCUUUUACUAUGUAUAAAAACGAAAUUCAAUAUUAUUGUGGAGAAAAAUUACCUCUUAUUAAUAUGCUUAUUUACUGUGGUAGUGAAGGAUUCUUUGGAUCACUCGCCAGUAUUCAUACAAACGAAUACUUUCUAUCGCCAAUAUCUACCUUCUUUGAAUUCAUCAAAGAAGAAGACAUCCAUCAGUCUCAACCAAAGACUGUUCUCAUCUCCGAAAUAAUGCCGGGAAAUCGAUAUGAACUGGUUAUUACAACUGAAGCUGGAUUAGUUCGUUACCGAAUGGGAGAUGUGAUUGAUUGCACACGAUUUCUUUCACGAGCAGAUGAUGUGAUUCCAUUACCAGCAGAACCAGCAGAAAUUCCUCGAAUACCUCUUAUUUCAGUAGCAUAUCGUGUAGGAAGUCUUUUAGAUGUGUUUGGAGAGAAAACAACGGAACAACAUGUCAUGCAUGCUCUCAAGGAAACUGUUGAUCAAUGGAAAAAUCAAGGAAUAUAUGUAGACUUAUGUGAUUUCACUGCUUAUACGAAAUUAGACGAUUUUCCAGCUAAGUAUGUUAUCUUCUUGGAAUUGACCAAUGAACAAGGACAUGAGAUUGACGAUCAACAGCUUCAAAUUCUACAAAACAAUGCAGAUUCAGAAGUCGAACAACAACUUUGUAAAGUGAAUGAUGGCUAUCAAUUAACUCGAAAGGUACAUAAACUUGGUCCACUUGUUUGUAUUCUGAAAAUAAUGUCUUCACAGUCGAUUCCUAUUUAUAGACGACCAUUAUUUUCAACAUCAACAGUUCAUGAUGAUCUAUCUGAUAAUUAUGACAUUGUUAUUAUAUUUCAUUCAUCACAGAAUUUCUCAAAGACGAAUAUGAUCGGAUACGUUAAUCCAUAUUUUGUAGCAACAAUUGAUGAUCAAAUAUCAUUCACAUCAACAUUCAAGUGGAAUGAUGAAGAAUGGAUAAUUCGAAAUACUCCUAGGAAUGCAAAACUUUUAGUUAAAAUUUAUAAUAAAAAUGAGAAAGGAUCUGAUGAUAAUUAUAUUGGAGAAUUUGAAAUAUUAAAUAUAAUUAAUUAUGACGCUCCUCCAAAUGGUCAUAUCAUUAUUGAUUCAUAUGGUCAAUAUAAGGGACAUUUUCAUUUAUCUAUCGAUUCAAAAAAAUCAUCGAAUGAAAGUCAACAAUUAUCUCGUUAUACAUUCGAUGGUCCUUGUCGAUAUUCUCGUUAUGAUUUUCUACCUAUUAAUCAUCAUACUGAACGUAUCUAUUCAACGUGGACAGUACAAUUACGACGUAUUUUAUCUUAUUUUCCUUCUGAUAAACGUCAACAAUGGAAUCGUCAGUAUAAACCAGUUCAACAAGUAGCUUCCGAUUAUUUAGGUAUAUCGACUACGCACAAUAUGAUGGCAUUAGGUCAGAAAACAUUCAAUGAGAAAACAGUAAGACAUGAUGAAAAUGGACAAUUGAGAAGUGCUGAUGAUUUAUGGAAGUUGGUUUUAAUGGAUAAAACAAUACAGCAAAUAAGACCACGUAUUUAUACUUAUAUAAUUGAUGAUACAACAUGGCAAUUUACAGAAAUAGAUCCUCGAGUAUUUGCUGAUUCUACAAUUAAACAUGCUCGAUUAGCUAAUUGGUCUGAAUAUAUUUGUUAUGCAGGUGAAUUUCAUCUUCGUCCUAAAUUUGGUUGGACUAAAUUGAAUGAUGAAUGGGAAUUAGUAUUUGAUAAUGCAUCAGGAACAUAUUCACCAAACGCUGAAUUAUUGAUUAAUUUGAAAAAACUCUUAUUAUUUAAUUUUCCUGGAUUGAAUAUUACCACGUAUGAUUACAAAGAUCCAAUGUUAAGAGAUAGUAUUGAACAAUUAGAAAUAAUUGCACGAAGAUACAAGAAUAUAGGAAGACAAGAACAAUAA